AGGUGUUAUUUCUUGCUUGUUGAUAUAAUUAUAGAUAUAACAGAGUGGAUAGUAAUAAAUGCUGUGGAUUAUUUGAGAAUAUUUAUUUAUGUACAUGUAUGUUGAGUGAAUUUGUGAAUAUUUGAUCUUUUGAAAGUUUGAAUAACGCUCGAUCACAAUGUCUGACGUAGAAUUUUUGCAGCGGUCUACUAGCAAGGACGUGGAUGUCGACCUUGAAAACUUGGAUGAUUUACUGGCUCAGCUGACGGCAGAGGAGUUAGAUGAGUUGAAUGGUGAUUUCGACCCUGACAACUCUUUCCUGCCACCAUCGGAGCGUAUGAAGUCUCAGACGGAUAAGAGCCCAUCCGGACCGUUCAGUCGUAAGAAACUGCUCGACUUUCUCGAAAAGAAGGCCAAGGAUGAGAAGGAUUGGGAAAACAUAAAGCAGUACGUGAAAAAGGCUCCAGGUGACUCAAACGAUGUUUCAGAGAAACCAUGGAAACCGAAGGAAGUGAAGAAAACCAAAGAAGAAGAAGAGAUCGACACGGAAUGGGACGAUAUUCUACAACAGGCUACAGAAGACGAGCUCGUCGAUUUGGCAGCCGUUCUUGGUUUUCAUGGCAUGUUGAAUCAGACCCAGUUUUAUGCAUCGGAACGAGACGAGAAACUUGAGGGAGGUGGAUUCGCAGGAAUGGCAAAGUCAGAACAGCUCCGGGUAAUCCCUUUUGAACCACCAAACAUGACAGACGUAGAGGAAAGUCUGCAAAAGAUAAAGGACAAUGACUCAAGCCUUAAACACCUCAACCUGAAUAACAUAAAGAAUAUUUCCUUUGAGAGAUUGGAGGCCAUCUGCGAGGGUCUGAAGACAAACACAAACCUAGAAAUCCUUGAAAUGGCCAGUGUUGCUAUGACUGAUCGAGUUGCCAAGAAACUUGCAGAGGGUCUGUCAGAAAACAAAACAUUGAAAAAGUUAAAUAUAGAGUCCAAUUUCGUAACUGGAGAACUUAUCGUGGAAAUCUUGAAAGCAAUAAAUGUACAUAAGACAUGCACGGAAUUUCGUGCAGCUAACCAGAAACAAGAGGUACUUGGUAAUAAAAUAGAGACCAAAAUUAUAAAACUGGUAGAGGAGAAUGAAAAACUUAUGACUCUCGGAUUGGCAUUUGAAUUCCCAGAGACCCGAGUUAAAGUAACAGCAAAACUACAGGACAAUUACGAUCAGACAAGACGAAACAGAGUUGGGAUCAAAGGAGAUGUAUAGACGUUAAAAAUCCAGUCACACUUUUAGUCUAGAACAAAUUUAGUCAAUUUUUUACACAGACAUAAUUAUAUAAUUUUCAUACUUGUCUACGUGUGUGUGAAUACAGUUGCAAUAAAUUUCAUUACUUUCCUAGACAUUAUGUAUUCUACCCAAUAGUAAGCCAUCUUUUAAAGAUAACAGAUACAGACGUAAUGAUUGUCCAAUAAAAAUCAUUGUAACAAGAGGCAGAACUAUUGUCCAAUCAAAAUCAGCGUAACAAGAGGCAGGACAAUUGUCCAAUAAAAAUCAGUGUAACAAGAGGCAGAACUAUUGUCCAAUGAAAAUCAGCGUAACAAGAGGCAGAACUGUUGUCCAAUGAAAAUCAGCGUAACAAACUGUAUUUUACCUGUUGAUAAACAAGAUAUCAUCACCUUAGUACAGUAACGGGUUAAUUUCUAAUAUAACUAAAUAGGAUUUAACCUGAUACUGUACUAAGAUAUGUAUAUUUAAGAAUAGGGCUGGGUAUUGCAAAGAAAAUUCAUUCAUAUUAAAAUAUAUUACAUUUGUAUGAACUAUUUAAAAUGCAAAGGUUAGACGUACAAAAUGUUGAAUUAAAUAGUUUAUCCUUUUAUGUAAUUGUGUUCAAAUGAAACUGUUUACAUCAGAGGCUUGGCCCUUUUAUAAAAGUUCACAAUGUGUUAAAAGUGGCAUUUAUAUAUGAUGGAGUUUGAGCAACUUUAUGCAAAUGCCAUUUUGAAUUCAAGCUAUAUACAAGUUGAGAAUAUUUCUAACUUGAAUAGAACAUUAGGGUUUUGAUGAAAAGUCCAUACUCUUGAUAUAUAUUGCAAUAUAGAAGAAAUAGUGAUAUAAUAAUUAUAAUACCAAAUAAGAUAUAAUUGCGAUAUCAAAUAUAUUGUAAUGGUUAUUGCACGCCCCUAAUCAAGAAAAAAGAUUAUAUAUCCUGGAUUCUCUUGUUUAUGAUAGGUAUUAGAUAUGACACAUUGAUUGUGUAAUUUUAAAACAAUUUCUCUGUUUAUUUUUUCAGUUUUUUUCAAUUAUUUUCUUAAAACAAAAUUACUGUAGUUUUAAUUUUUUCAGUCAUUUUAAAUUUUUUUUAAUGUGAAUUGUUUUCCUGUUUAUUUUUUUAAAAGUUACAUCUAUAGACAGAUGUUUGAAGAAGAACUAUGCAGAGGUGGUUUUUAUAUACAGUCAAUCAUGUCAACAAAGGUCACCCAAGGGAGUGACAAGUAAUGGUCUUAAUAGACAAGUGACCUUUAUUUAGAGGUUACUUUGUUCCAUUUUUUCACGGAAGGGUUUUUAGAAAGUGGCCUUUAUUUGCAGGGUUAUAUUCAUUCAGAGGUGGUCUUUAAUACAGGUUUGACUGUAGUGUAUACACAAGUUUUUUUAAUAGUUUUUGGUCCAUCAGUGUCAUUCGAUUUUGUAUGGAACAAACUUUUUAGACGUAAGGAUCCUUGUGAAGUUCUAUAACCGGGAUCAAUUUUUCACAUAUAUAAUCAGGGUUUGCUUAUGAUGUAAUUAUACAUUUGAAAUAGCCUAUGUUUACUUUACUCUAUAAAAAUGAAACCAGUGCAAAGAUUAGCUGGCACAUUCAUUAUCAUAGGAUUUUGGUCUGCUAUGUUUUGGUCUGCAAUUCAUUCGGUAAAUAUUUUGAAAUGUUCACUGAAAAUGUUGAACGGUUUUGUCAAGAUGGAAAAAAAACAAAACUGGACAAGGCUAUUUUCAGAUAUAAAGCAUGGUUUUUAAGGGUUUAAGUGAUUCCAUAGAUGGUGAUAAUGGAUAAUGUUGUAAUUUUUUGAUAGGUUCUAUGUUUAAGCUUUAAAGGCUGUAAGCAUAUACAUAUAUCCCCCAAGCUGCUUGGGUAGGGUUUAAAAUGCAAACAAUAAUUUAUGCAUGGCCAUAUACGUAUAUCCAAUGAUCGUAGGUUCAAUGCUCAGGCCGAGCGUAAUUUCUCCAUCACAUUUGACCUUGGACAUUUAGUGUAAUGGUCAUUUGUUUCACACCACUGAUUUAGAAAUCAUGUGAGAAUAGUAGUUGGUCACUUGCAGAGAAACUGGUUAAUACCGGUAAGCCAUCCAGGAAAGCAACAAAGGUUGAUAAACUGGCAAGGUAUGACUGAAAAAUAUGUUAAAAUUGGUGUUAAACAGACAGACAUAUUGCUGCCAAGCUUAAGCACUAGACCAUUCAAAAUUAGGCUAUUUGAAGCACCCUCCCCCUUCUUUUUUUUUUGGAUUUUGAAAAAAAAAAAUUUGAUGAAUAAAAAAUUUGAAGUAGACAAAAUUUUUAGCAGAAGACAAUUUUUCCUAGCAUUCAAGUUUUGAUUAAUUUUGUUUAUUGGUGCUUUAUUAGGACAUUUAAAACUUAGAGGCAAGUUGUUUUUGUUUUUUUUUUAAAUUUUAUUAUUUUUAGUUUUGCUUAUUGUUUAUUUUGCUGCCUAGUGUAUACAGUUAUGUAUUAGCUUUUUUAUGUUAUUGAAAAUAAUGAGUAAAUAGAAAAAUAAACAUUUUUAUCAUUGUGUUAAACCGUUGCAAAUUUUGAAAUCAAUAAAAAAAAAUGUUAAGAUACAUAACUCAUGAUAUUUACCUGUGAUUUUUAUAUAUAUAUGUAUUGUCCAAUUUGUUCAUUUUUUUUAUACUUUAUAAAUCUUCCAUUUUUUUUCACAAAUUUUGUUUGUGUAAAUAUAUUUAUUUGAUACAUUUUGUCCACAUAUAUAUUUUGUAGAUGCAUGACAUUUCAAACUCAAUCUAUAUUUUGCCUUAAUGUAAUUUUAUCCUUGUAGAGAGUUAUUUGUUUUCUCAGCUGUAAGUCAGUGCUUUCUAUAAGAUGGUCUCUUCUAUAAGUCGGGUAUGUCAUUUGGUAGUCACCACUUAAGCCAAUUUUCUAGACAUAUGGCUGAAAAUUUAAAGCUUUUGCAUUUAAUGACAUAAUUAUUGUAAGUGUAAUUAUUGCAGAAAUGAAUAUUGUUUUCUUUAAAGGAAUAUUUUAACUUUUAUACCUAUUAUAAGAACAAGAUUUUUGUAAUUUGACGUUUUAAAAAAACCAGUUAAAGAAUGACUUAUAGGUGAGGAAAAUACUAAAAUUUGUAUGCUCAACUUCUCGUAUUGAAUUUAGUAGUGUGCUACCUAUUAUCUAAAUCAUAAUCUGCUUUUAUUACAUAGGAAUGUAUUAUCUUGAAGUAUAAGCAGUUAAGGAUCUCCACUGUGGUCCACUGCGGACUAAAAAAAUUCAAAUUUUGAAAUUUUAUAUAAAUGACUUGCGGCACUUAAAAUAGAAAAAUGGUAAUUAGAUAAUAAAAAAAACUUAAUCAUGACUAAAUUGAAAAUCUUUUAGUUGUGAUUCUGAAUCUGAUUCAAGUUUAAAAGGUUUAACGCUUUAUUUUUUGUUCAUUAUGAUUUUUUUGUAAGUUCAAUACAAUAAUAAUUAAUAUUUUAUAUCAGUGGAGUCCCUUUAAUAAGUUUGCAAGUUCAAUACAAUACUAGUAUAUAUCCCAUAUUGAGAUGUAGAAUAUUGAUUUUCAUCAGCGAAUUUACCAGUCGAUAAAGAAUGUUAUUAUUAUUUGAAAAAAUGAAAUUCAAAUAUACAAAGAUCAUGUACAAUUCAUUAAGUGAAAUAAUUCUUAUUCAAGAAUUAAUUAUUUAGUAUUCGUUUGUGAAUCAAUACAAUAUGUACCUAGUGAGUAUAAUAUGCUGUUUUAGUCUUUUUUAAACUUAGUGAAUUUAUGUUAAUUUUAUUAAUUUAAUGAUUUAGAUUUCAAAAGAAAAGUACAUGUAAAGUGUCACUUAUGUCCAGAACAAAAAUUUAAGAUAUUGAAAUAUUUAUCUCAGACAUGGAAUCUCAUACAUUUGGCAUAGAAAUAAAAGAACCCAAAUUAAAAAGAUAACCAAAAAGAAAGAUGUAUUGAACUUUAUUCAUUUUUUUUUUUUUUUCAAGAAAAAGUUUUGAGUGCAUUUUGAACUUAAGUGUUUUAUAAAUUAAGUGUUUUAUUUAUAAAAUAGUGAAAUCUAUGUUCGUGAGAUUGCCAUAUGUAAAAAUCUGGUAGUCUUUUUUUUGGAAAAGGAAAAAAUAUAACAAUAAAGCCUGAUAAAUGUGA